GUCUUAGAAACAUACAUUUGAUUUUUAUUUUUUUUUAGAACACUUUCUUUCAAAGUUUAGGGUCAAUGCAGUACAUCCUUACUCUGAAGAAUUAACAUUUCAAAUAUAUUUUUGGUGCAGUCAUUGAAUAAGGAAACUUGGCUUCAUUAUAUCCUGUGAAUGUGGACGCAUAAUACCUUUGUACUGGCAUAAGCAGGACAGAAAUCAGACUAAUAGAAGCGACUUUUGACAUAAAUGAUAUUCAACAAGUAACUAAUUACUGGUGGAAAAUGUACAAAAGGCAGUUGGAUUAUUUCUUUUUGUUAAUAACUGAGAUUAUGUGAUAUUUUCUUAUUACAUUUUGAGCUCCUUUUUUUCUUUCUUUCUUUCUUUCUUGUUGGUUGGUUGGUUUUGUGGUUUUUGUUUUUUGGAGGUUUUUUGGAUUGUAGGAGCUUCCUGGCCUAAUCAUACAACAGAAUAUUAUUUUGGAGCAAAGGUUCUAUCAGAAGAGCAAUGCAGCUAGCAUUUGCUGCAGAUAUAAUACUUGCUCCUCUUCCAUACAGAGGAAUCAGUUCAUCUGAUGUUAGUAAAUAAUAGAAUUUCAUUAUUCACUGUAGCACUAGAUGGUUCCCAGAAUGACCUGUGGGCCCAGGCAGCUAUUAAAAACUAUGGUUAUUUUGUUGUUUAUUUAAUAACACUUGCAAGACCGAAUACUUGGAAGGAGUACAUGUUUAGUCAGGCUUCUUUUAGCUCAUUACAUAAUCUGUGAGAUAACUGUAUUUGAUCAGGCUUGAUUACAAUUUAUAUAUAUUUCUUACAUUUUUGCAAGGCAGUGCACUAGAUGUAGUGGGCCUUAUCAGAUAUUGCUUACGCUGAUGUAAGUCAGAAGUAGUUCUACUGAAGUCAGUGGGGUUAAACUGGCAUACUGAAUGUGAAAUCAGGCCCAUGUUGUGUGGGUUUCCCUUCACACUCACACUCUCUCCAACUCUCCCAGAUUUAUUUUGUUUAUCGUGCACCUAAUAUAACGUGUGCUGAUAAGUCACAACUAUGUAUCUACAGACUGUGCUUUUCAUAUAUUUAACCAUCUUCAAGUUUUCUGUGCAAGUCCGUUUUAACCAUAUGUGGAAACAGUCCUUUUUACUGAAGCAAUCUUAGGGGAAAAAUACAGUUAAGCUUAUUGAAAUUGUUAGUAAAAAGCAAAACAGACAUUCGCUGAUGAAGAAUCACCCAAGAAAGCACUGAUUGCUGGGGGGUUUUCUAACCAUUUAAGGUGCAUGACAUUUGUAUCCCGUAAAAUCUUCUUUAAGAAUUAAAAAUUGGAAAAUACAAGUGAAGUGGUUGAUACACGAGCAUAUAGUCAAGAAAGUUCAUAUGAGUGGUGCUAGGAGUUACUUAAGUGUUAGCUGUUUUAACCUUUGCUAGCUUCCUUCCAUUGAAAGGUGACAGGGUUCAGAUCACAAUAUGUACUUCAAUAUCUUGCCAGUGACCCCCGAAUUGAGUCUUACUGGUCACAUAGCAGGAAGUUAGUAGUUUAUUUUAGCUUUGCCUUAUCAGCUUUGCUUCUUUUGCUAACCCUAUUCCCCUGUCCCCUUAGAUGCCAGACCCCCGAAGAGGAGAUUGACAGGUAGUUCCCAUAGCUCCGUUUUACCCUCUAAACAACAGGGAUUUAGUUUCUUGUCCUUUUGCCAAUGUUUAUGUAGCCAAAGUUUAGAUAUAACCUUAAGGAGCCUUUCUUUUACGUGUCACUGGAACAGUGAAACUACACUCAACUUUUUGAAGAAACUAUUGCAACUGGAACCCCAUCUAGUGUUCAUUUUGAUUCAUCCGUAGGGAAGACAUUUUUUAAUUGUGUUCAUUAGAUGGAUUUGUUCCUAGUUUUAAGAUAGCUUGGUAAUCUUUUUUGGUUGUUUUUUGAUUAUUAAAUUGUAGACUCCUUGUUUGAAUGAAUUUAAUAUAUGAAUAAAUAGUUUGAGCAAAUUAUGAGUUAUAAUACAGAAAAGAUAAGAAACUGAAUUGAAUGUGAACAACACUCCCCUCAAUAUAUUAUAACUUGUUUUCUUCAAAAUAACAUCUUGUGAUUUUAAAUUUCCCACUUAAUAGAUCAGUUAAGGGGGCAGUUAAUUAAAAUAUUUUUAUUCACCAGGGACACUUUAAAAAAAUUCAUGCAAACUGGGAUUUAGAUUGCAUUUCUGAGUUGCUUAACUGAGAGAGGGGGUUGGCUAAAAGUUUAUAGACACAGAAGCAUGUCAUUAUUAUAAUGGGAAUUUUGGUGAGCAAUCAUUUUGAAAACAUAAAUACACUUGCAGUUCAAAACCUUUUAAAUAUUUUGUUUUAAGUCGUUCAGUCAUCUCGCUAAGCAAAGCAGAUUUUUAUUUUAUUUUUUCAUUUUACAAGUUUGAGGAUUAUGGAAUGUUUUAGUUCUCAUUCUAGAAUAUGCAUCUCAAGUGGUUCAAAAUUCCCAAGUUUGAAAUGAGUAAUAUUUGAGCACCAGAAAUUUUUCAUGAUCCUUAAGAAACCUGUA